AUGGAGGACUCACAUCUCUCCAACCCGUGGCCCCGAAAGGAGAGUGUUAAGACCUUUCAUACCCGUAAAACCACCUCAGGAGUGAGGAAAAUCGAUGACAGGAUGGAAGUCUCAUCAAUAUUGCACGCACAUAGCUCUCGGGAUCUGCAGAUUCCAAUGUUCAGGGACCUGCAAUAUCUCAGCUCUGAGCUGCCGUCAUCGCCUGAGGGGAGGGAGAAGAGGCCGCAACCCGGGAGAAAAGGCGGAGUCGCCACCGCCACCGCCAGCGGAGAGAAGUGGUCGCCCCAGCAGCCGCCCCGCUGGGGGCCGCCCACCCGCUAUCCGGUCCCCUGCCCCGUUCAGAAGCAGCCUGCUUCUGCAACUGAGUGCGAUCGAAGAGACUGUGUCUUUAUUGCACUGUGUGUUGAAGACAGUAAGAAUGUUCAGGUAAAUUUUGAAACAUCCAAAUUUACAUUCAGUUGUCUCGAAGGAAGGGAUCGUUUUAAGCAUUUAAAUAAAAUUGAUCCUUUUUACUGUAUUGAUCCAAAUGAUUCCAAGCAUAAAAGAACGGACAGAUCAAUUUUAUGUUGUGUAGGAAGAGGAGACUCUGGCCAGUCAUGGCCAAGGUUAACAAAAGAGAAGGCAAAGCUCGAUUGGCUUGUGGACUUCAACAAUUGGAAAGAUGACUCAGGUGAAGACAGGGCUAAUUUUGAUCGUGUCUCCGAGAUGAUGAGCAUGUGUGGUGAGGAGCAUGUGGAUUUACCAGACGUAGAUGCAGCAGACGAAGAUUCACAAGACAAUGAGGAUGAAAAAUGCCAGAACUAG